AAAAUUAUGGCGACCACUAAUGAUAGCGCAGUUCAGGUUUUGAUAAUUUACCAACAAGUGUAUCAGGUUGCACUAACUGAGAGACCAAUUUCAAAAGUAAGUGUUGCAGUAAUAAUGUCACUGUUUUUUAUUUAUUUAAAUGUGGUAAUGAUCUAUACUCUUCGGAGUAAGCCUGUUUUUAGAGAGACUCCACGUUACAUUUUGUUUAACCACAUGCUUCUCAAUGACACAAUUCAACUCUUUGUUACAUCCUUGUUGUAUAUUUUAGGUCUGGUCUAUCUUAAGGUAGUCAUGGCUGCUUGUGCUUUUAUAGUUAUUGUUUCAGGUACAACUUUCCGUAAUGCACCUUUAAACCUGGCUGUAAUGUCGCUAGAGCGUUAUGUGGCCAUAUGUUUUCCUUUAAGACAUGCUGAAAUAGCCACUCAGAGAAAAACCUAUAUUGCUAUUGGAAUUAUUUGGUUUAUGAGUGUGAUGCAAUACUUAAUUGACUUGUUUUACAGUGUACUGAUGGAUCCUACAUUUUUAACCUCCCAAAUGUUUUGCACAAGAGAAAGGCUUUUCAUGAAGCAAUGGCAAAUAGAUCUUCAUCAGGGUGUUAACAUAUUCUUUUUUUUGUCAGUAACUAUGAUCAUCCUUUUCACUUAUGUCAGCAUUCUGAUCAUAACCAGGUCUAUCACCUCCAAUAAAGGCUCGGCUGCAAAAGCCCACAAGACCGUGCUGCUGCACCUCAUUCAGCUGGGCCUGUGCCUUACUUCAUUUUUUUACAGCUUUAUAGAACGAGCUGCAGCAACGGCUGGCAGCAGCAGCCUUUUUCUGGACCUGCGUUAUUUAAACUAUUUAUUUGUUCUGAUCUUGCCACGCUGCCUAAGCCCACUCAUAUAUGGACUGAGAGAUGAUGCUGUAAGGCACUUGUUCAUCUACCAUUUUCAAUGUGCUAUGCGCAAACGGAGGUUUACUGCCAAUGAUGUACGAGCCAUUUACAAGCGGAAGCUGCUCCUGUCGAUUGAAAGAGAAAAGCUAGAUAUAGAAUACAAAAACCUUCUCAUACAGAAAACGAAGUUGAAGAUCAAGAAACUACAGACUGAGCUCCAAGCAAAGGAUGAUCGACAUUUCUGUUCUGAAUGUGUCCAAUUAGGAGUAAUUGGACAGCUUCAGAACAGCGACGGCAGGAGGCAGAGUUGUGAAACGGCACCACAAGCUGUGAGGAUUAAGGACAGCACCUACAGCACCACCACAAUGAGCACUGAGGCCCCCCAGGGUGCCCUGCUGUUCACAUUUCUGACUUAUGACUGUGUAGCGACACACCGCUCCAAUCAUAUCGUCAAGUUUGCUACGUCAAGCAAAAACUUCGGGUCAGCAUACAGAGAGUAA